AAAUAUUCUCAUCAGAGCACAAAGGCACUUCCUCCUCGCCUUGCGCGAAUGGGCCUCCGCUUCGCCCACCUCGCCGGCGGGGUCGCCCGAGCCGCGAUCUCUCGCCGUGGGCCACACCUCUCCCCAGCGUGCGCCCGCCGCGUGCUCGCCCCUCUCGCCUCGCCGGGUGAGCCAAGCGGCGGCAACUGGCUCGUCCCUUCCCGCGGCCACGGUGGCCACUCCAACCACCACGGCGAGGAAAGCGUCGAGGCAUCUGAGAAGAUCUUCCGCUUGGGCCUCGCUGCUGACGUCGUCCUCACCGUAGGGAAAGCCAUCACCGGUUACCUCUCCGGCAGCACGGCCAUCACCGCCGACGCCGCUCACUCCCUCUCUGACAUCGUGCUGAGCGGUGUGGCUCUGCUGUCGUACAAGGCGGCCAAGGUUCCUAGAGACAAGGAUCAUCCGUAUGGUCAUGGAAAGUUCGAGAGUUUAGGAGCUCUUGGAAUUUCAAGUAUGCUGUUGAUUACUGCAGGUGGGAUUGCCUGGCAUUCUUUUGAAGUUCUUCAGGGAGUUAUGUCUUCUGCUCCUGAUAUAAUUGGCAGCACAUCGCACAUGAAUCACAACCAUGGUAGUGGUGGGCAUAAUCAUGCAAUAGAUUUGGAACAUCCAGUCCUUGCAUUGAGUAUGACAACCUUAGCAAUAUCUAUCAAAGAAGGGCUCUAUUGGAUUACGAAAAGAGCUGGGGAGAAGGAAGGGAGUGGGCUGAUGAAAGCUAACGCAUGGCACCAUCGUGCGGAUGCUAUUUCAUCUGUUGUUGCCCUAGUAGGGGUAGGUGGCUCCAUUGUUGGAUUACCUUAUCUUGAUCCACUAGCUGGCCUUGUUGUCUCAGGCAUGAUUCUUAAAGCUGGUGUUCAGACAGGAUACGAGAGUACACUAGAGCUUGUUGAUGCAGCUGUUGAUCCAUCGCUUCUAGAACCAAUCAAGGAAACAAUUGUGAAGGCUGAUGGUGUAAAGGGGUGCCAUCGGUUGAGGGGAAGGAAAGCUGGGACCUCCUUGUAUCUUGAUGUGCAUAUCGAGGUAUAUCCUUUCUUGAGUGUCAGUGCAGCACAUGAUAUCGGGGAAACUGUCCGUCAUCAUAUACAGAAGACGCAUAGUCAAGUUGCCGAAGUUUUCAUACACAUAGACCCCUCAUAUUCAAUGGGUGCUAACGUGGACAAGAAAAGGAUUUUGGAGAACUUGGAGAGAAGAAAUUCAGACGUUAUUCCACGUCAACGAAGUGCAGAAGCUAUUGUGUCCGAUAUAAUUUCCUCCCAUUUUCCAAAGAAAAUGUGUCUUGAACAUCUGAUGCUGCAUUACUUACAAGGACGGGUGUUGCUUCAGGUCCAAGUUUCAAUGUCUCCAGAAAUUUUGAUUCGGGAUGCGAUGGACAUCGCAAAAAAAGCCGAGGAGGAGAUCAUGAAGGCUGACGCCAGCAUAUGUCAAGUCAGCGUACAGCUGAGAUUGGGGCAACAAAUUGAGCAACUUCAGCUGGCCGCAAGCAAAAGCGGAGCAAACGAUCGACAUGCAGAAAAGCAGUAGAACGGGGCGCAUAUCCUGCGCAGUGCAGCCAUGCUGGCUCAGUCAGCUGGGAUGGUAAUUUUGCUAAUCUUUCUGACAUGCAUCAAUUGCAGUUGCUGCUGUUGCUGCUGAGGCAGUGGACUAGGACAGCCCCUGUACAUUGUGUCUUGUUCUGAGAUAUCAGAAGAAAUGGAAUAAUGUCGAAACAGGCUCUCACUCCGCUUUAUAACCAACUAGCACACAUGCCCGUGUGUUGCAACGGGGAAAUAAAUAAAUGUGUCCAUCAAAACGCCCAUCGGUGGCAUGACAACAUUCUGGGAGGCAGGUAGGAGCAUGCUGAGGUGUAGAAGAAAUACAUAUUAAUGUCAUGCCCACUGAAUGAGUAGGAAUGUUGCAUGGUCAUUCUUUUUUAAUCAUUGCAUGCAAAAUUUAAUGCAUCUUACUCCCUCUGUUCCGAAAUAUAAGUCUUUUUAGAGAUUUCAAAUGGACUACCACAUACGGAUGUAUAUAGACACAUUUUAGAGUGUAGAUUUAUUCAUUUUGCUCCGUAUGUAGUCACCUAUUGAAAUCUCUAGAAAGACCUAUAUUUAGGAACAGAGGGAGUAUAAUCUAAACAGAUGAGUGAAAGAAAUAAAAGUAGGACUAACGAACAAAAAGGAUAAUGAGAUAGGGUUAACAAACCGGAAUGAGGAAGAGUAUGUAUGUAUCAUACCCCACACUUAUGUUCAAAAAAAAGAUAUGUUCAAAAUAAAAAGAAGCACUGCCCCGCUGCCCUCUGCUCUCUCCUAGCACUUGUGACUCCCCAACGCUUGCUCUCCUCUUCUACUUGGUCGGCUUGUCCGAUCAGAGUAGGAGGGAAGAGGGGCUCGGCGCCUAAGACAAAGAUGAAAUUGAAUAUAUGUUGAUUAUUUCUAUGACCCGAGAGAAAUAUCUAUCUUUGUCUAAAUCCCUUCUCUAGCCUUGUAUUUCUUCUCUUCAAGUUUGCGCCUAAGACAAAGAUGAAAUUGAAUAUAUGUUGAUUAUUUCUAUGACCCGAGAGAAAUAACUAUCUUUGUCUAAAUCCCUUCUCUAGCCUUGUAUUUCUUCUCUUCAAGUUUCAUUUUUUUACGCAAAAGUUUCUGUUUAAUUGAAAAGGAAGAGAGGGAGCCCAUCAGCCAGCGCAGCCCCAACAUCAUCGGGCCCAACCUAACUUUCCAUUUCCAGGUCGGCCACCUACUCCCGUUAACCCUAGCAGUCAGGGAGACCGAUCCCCGCAAUUGCCCCAUCGAUCCCCUCGUCUCCCUCCAGCGCUGCCCCACGCCGGCCUCGACCCUCACCUUCCUCCGCACCGCCGGUGACUGCAGCCACCGACGGGAAGCCAAGCAGAUGAGCACGCCCCCCUGCCCGUUCUCCCCUCCCCCUCUCCUUACUCCUUCUCACUUCUUCUCUCAGCAGGAGCCCGCCAUGGACGCCCCUGCCUCGCACUACCCACCGGAUCUGGUUCUCCAUGUCGAGAUCCGCCCGUUCCCGACCUCCACUCGCCCGCUCGCCAACCGCCAGAACCCCAAGUCCCGCCAGCCGCCAGGAGCUCGGGUUCAAGCCGCGACGACUGCCUCCUCCGCACAGCACCCCGUGCGCCCAAAUCCUCCUCCUCCUCUGGUUUUAUGAGACCUUGAGCAUUGUUUUCGCCACCAUUCCCUUCUUUUAUCGAUUCGUGUAUGCCUCAUCCUCCUGACCUCUGCUUGCAGAUUAGUUUGGUCGCUUGUUGAAAUCAUUAGUUUGUACGUACUAGUAAGCAUGCAAGUGCAACACGCACGUCUCGACUAAUAUUAUAUUCUUUGGCAAGAAUC